UAAGGGAGCUCAGGGGGCUCCCCCGCCUUUCCGGGUCGGCUACGGAGUGAGUGCUGCCUCUUUUCGGGGGGUUUCUGGGGCGCGCGGGGGUUCUGGGCUGGGCUUGCGGACCCUCCUUUUCUUGGCGGGGUUCGGGCGUGCGGUCCCGGUCCCCGUAAUGUACGGAGGCAGAGGGAGAGGGCUCCGGCCCCCUCGGCGUCAUGUCUUCGGUGCCGACGGUUGCCAGUCCGCCGGUUCUAUCCUCAAGCGCCGGGACACGGGUCUCCGAGAAGCUGGGCGGAACCGAAGUUCCGCGGGCUCCCCCCCGGGGUGCUCAUGCCGCCUCCUCUUGUUUCAGGUCUGAAGCCGCCACAGGAUCCGGAGCUGUCGUAGCCCCUCCCUUUCCACUUCCCGUUGCAACCAAUAAAGGCCAAGGCCGUUGGUACCGUUUUAGGCUUCUGCGGGGCGUUCGGGCGACACUGCAGCAUUUCUGGAUGGCGGCGCUGCGACGAACCCUCCAGGUGGCCAGCCGGGCUGCGGGGACACGCCGCGCCUUGGCGGGCUCCCUGGCCGGUAGCUGCCUGGCGGACCGCCGCCUCUGGGACAAGCUCCACGCCCAGCCGCGGCCGGGCAGAGUCCCCACCUUCGACUGGUUCUUUGGUUAUGAGGAAGCCCAGGGCCUCCUCCUGCCGCUGCUGCAGGGAGCCCAGGCUGCCCGCCCACUGCGGGUGCUAGACGUGGGCUGUGGGACCUCCAGCCUGAGUGUGGGCCUCUAUGCCAAGUGCCCGCACCCAGUGGACGUGCUGGGGGUGGACUUCUCUUCCGUGGCCGUGGCCCACAUGAACAACAUCCUGGGAGGUGGCCAAGGCCAGACACCCCUGCGCCCUGGGCACCCUGCCUCCCGCCUCCGCUUCAUGCAGGCUGAUGCCCAGAACCUGGAGCCACUGGCUUCCGGCUCCUUCCAGCUCGUGCUGGACAAGGGCACCUGGGAUGCUGUUGCCCGAGGUGGUCUGGCUGGGGCUGACCAGCUGCUGUCCGAAUGCCUGAGGGUCCUCAGCCCCCAGGGGACCCUGAUUCAGUUCUCAGAUGAGGACCCUGAUGUGCGGCUUCCCUGCCUGGAGCAGGGAUCCCCAGGGUGGCGUGUGACUGUGCAGGAGAUGGGCCCUUUCAGGGGCACCACCUACUUCGCUUACCUGGUUCAAGGCUCUUCUCAUUAAAGACAGACUUGACCCUAGCGUUUUUGCUGGGUGAGGAGAGAUGGAGAGAGCUUUGCCUUUGCAAGAUGGCUGGAGAAUGAGGGUGUUAGUCCUGGCUUCCAUGGUUACUAACUAGGUGCCCACAGCAUUGACUGCCUGUUUACUCACCAGCAAGGUAGGAAUAAUACCUGGAUUUGUGGGUAUUGCAUACAUUGAUAGCUGAAACAUUUAGCAAGGCCCAUAGAGAAGAUAUAAGUGGAUUAUUCCCCACCCCCAACUAACAGGAACUUCUAAAAGCAGCAGAUAAGAAUUCUAUCCAAAUCCCAGCAUAGACUGAUGUGUGACCUGGUGGCCUAACCUCUAAGCCGGUGGUCGGCAAGCUUGCGAGCCACAUGCGGCUCUUUGGCCCCUUGAGUGUGGCUCUUCCUAAGCCUUAGGAGGACCCUAAUUAAGUUAAUAACAAUGUGCCGACCUAUAUAGUUUAAGUUUAAAAAAUGUGGCUCUCAAAAGACAUUUCAGUCGUUGUACUGUUGAUAUUUGGCUCUGUGGGCUAAUGAGUUUGCCGCCCACUGCUCUAAGCUCAUUUUUCUCACCUGUAGAAGGGAAAGAUUGUGAAAGGACGGGCAGAAGGGCUCCAUAGACAAACCAAGUGAAAUGUUGAGAACAAACAGUACCCUGGGCGGCCGGAGAUGGUGGCUUCUGCAGACUCGAAGCCUGUUGGAUCCCAGAGAGGACUGGGAUUGGGAGCUUCCUGGUACACUGUCCUCCGGAACCCAGCAGGCAUCUUGCUCUCUCUGUUCCUGCCCUGAGCUGAGUUCUGGAUUAAAGGUUGUCAUGAGAGAUCUGGGGCCAGGGGCUAAAUGUCCAGUCUGGGUUGGGGGAGGGGAGCUAAGAGCCCAUUAGCAGUGAGAAAUGUUCCUGAUAUGUUGACCUUAAAAACAAAUGAACUUGUGAUCUUUUUUCACUUCAGGUCAAAUAAAUGUUUUGCUUUUUACUAAAAAA